UCACACUCACAUAACACCAUCAUCACUUCACUUUCCUUUCCUCUCCUAUCUCUUUCUAGAUUACUUUCUCUUACAAAGAGAAAUGGCCAAAACCCUUGCAAUGUUGCUUCUUUUCCUUCAACUAACCUCUUUCAUUGCAUUUGCCGAACACCUUGAAACUCUUCCACCAACUUACCCUCCUCAUCACUCACAUUCUCCACUUCACCCUCCAACUAAGUCACCACAUCAUCCACCGUCUAACGCCCCUCACCACCAUCAUCACCACCAUAAUCACACACCAUCCCCUGCUCCUUCCCCUAUUUCUCACACUCCUUCACACCCUCCUCACCAUUCUACCCCUGUUCCUGCUAAACCACCAACUGGUCACCACCACCAUCAUCACCCACCUGCUUAUGCUCCUGUUAAGCCUCCUAUUCACACUCCCGUUGUUCCAACACACCCACCAUUGCACCCCCCUGUUCCAGCUCACCCACCAUUGCAUCCUUCUCCUGUUCCUAGACGCUUUAUAGCUGUUCAAGGUGUUGUUUAUGUCAAAUCUUGCAAGUAUGCUGGUGUUCAUACUCUCUUGGGAGCUAAAGCACUUCAUGGUGCCGUUGUGAAGCUACAAUGUAACAGCACAAAGUACAAGUUUGUUCAAACACAUAAGACUGAUAAGAAUGGUUAUUUCUUCAUUGAAGGCCCAAAGAGUAUCAAAACCUAUGCACCUCAUAAGUGUAAUGUUGUUUUGGUUAGUGCUCCAAAUGGGCUGAAGCCUUCAAAUCUUAAUGGUGGGCUUACUGGUGCUGCUCUUAGGUCCGGGAAACCUUAUGUGUCUAAGGGUCUUCAUUUCACUAUUUACACUGUUGGGCCUCUUGCAUUUGAGCCCAAAUGUCCUCGUUAA